AUGAAGACCUGCCUGGUGCCUGGGCUGGCCCUCUGCCUCCUGCUGGGGCCUCUGGCAGGGGCCAAGCCGGUGCAGGAGGAAGGAGACCCCUACGCGGAGCUGCCGGCCAUGCCCUACUGGCCUUUCUCCACGUCCGACUUCUGGAACUACGUGCAGCACCUCCAGGCCCUGGGGGCCUACCCCCAGCUGGAGGACAUGGCCCGCACCUUCUUCGCCCACUUCCCGCUGGGGACAACCCUGGGCUUCCACGUCCCCUACAGGGAGGAGUGA